AUGAUACACCAAAUGAAAUUGUUGUUUGCUGUCUUUUCGUUAAUUUCGUUAAGCAAUUGUCAUAUUUUUGUCACCGAUGUGGGCCACAGAAAGUGUGAUGAAUCUUACUUGAAGAACUCAAGAGGUGUUGUAGCAGAAAAACAAGGCUAUCAGUACUACCCCUGGCAUGUGUUCGAGCCACCUCAAGGUAAAGUCAAGUUUUUCCAAAUAAGAGAAGGAAAUGUCAAAGAGCUCUGCAAGUACUACCUUCCACAAGACGUACAAGAGGUCAUCAUUCUCAAUACGAACUUAGAGUAUAUUGAACCGGGAUACUUUCAAAGCAACAUUUUGGAGCAAGUGUUUAUCCAGGGUAACAAACUAUAUAGCAUUCACAGAGGUGUAUUCAAUGGUACUACAAUCAGAAGCUUGGUGCUGAGUGACAAUCGCAUAAGAAACAUUUAUCCAAGAGCUUUCGAGAGCAUGAAGAGACUAGAAGCUAUAUCUUUGGACUAUAAUUCUAUAAAACUGUUUGAUCCUACUUGGUUCGAAGGAGCAAGGGUGCUGAAUGAUCUCACAAUCACACACAAUUUUUUGACCGAGAUACCCGAGGAUGCCACCAGACAUAUAUGUCAGGUAUUAGAAACAGACACUCUGAGAAAGUAUGGUUCAAUAAACUUUGACAACAAUAACAUUCUGUAUAUCCAUCCGGAUGCCUUCAGAAAUAUCCGUACCCUAGACACAGUGAGUUUGAGCAACAAUAAAGUGCUUGAGCUUCCAGAAAAGGUGUUCCAACAAUUCGAGUUCCUCAUGAGUCUAUACAUGAACUCGAAUGAGUUUAUUUGUUUCACAAAUGAUACAGUAAGAAGUUUCAUGGGAGUUAGGAGGUUGUUUCUAGGAGAAAAUAAGUUUAAUAAGGAGUGCAUGGAAGAACUCAAAGAUUUUUUCGAUCUUAAAGGUGAUAAAGUGUAUUUUUAA